CACAAUGCUGCUGCAGCACCAGCCCGGAAGUAGGACGUUUAUUGACAAUAUGGCCGCGAAGCUGGGUUUGGAUUUAGCGAAAAAUGUAAUUUGACAGCGCUCACCGGGGCUGCGAGAUUCACCCGUUUCCACCUCAGGAGUGAACCGAACUGAUGCAAUUGAAUGAAGGGAGCCGCUGAUCCACGGGACGGUGUCAGUGAGCCGAGGAAACGUCCAGAGAGUCUAACCCGUCAUGUCGUUUUUCAAGAGGAAAGCCAAAAGCAAAGAACCUGAGAGAGUGACCGAUGCUAAACUCAACAGAGCCCCAGCCAGUCCUAACUCUCCAUCACUUGGCCUGAGGAAUCACCAUGCCAUCCAGGAAGCUGCCGGGCCCAGCCAUGUGGCCAUCAACGCCAUCUCCGCCAACAUGGACUCCUUCGCCCGCGGUCGCACCGCCAUCCUUAAGAAGCAGCCGAGCCAUAUGGAGGCUGCACACUUUGGAGAUCUCGGUCAUUCCAGCGUGAACUAUCAGUCCCAGGAGACCCGCUCACGGCUGUCCAAGACAGUGGACCAUGUUCUCCGAGACAAUGUGGCGAUACCCCACUACAUGCAUUUCAUGGAACGACGGGGCGCCGACCACCUGGUCCGGUUCUGGUUGGAGGCGGAGAGUUUCCGCGCCACCAGCUGGUCCCGGGUCCGAGCGCACAGCCUGAACUCUGUCAAACACAGCACGCUGGCUGAGCCCGUCCCCGCCUCAGCAGACGGCUCAGAGCUCCCGGGACUCAACGAAAUCACGCCCAACUCCUUCUCCCGGGACAGUAGCAGUGAACGGCCAGCAGUGCAUUCAGAGCAGCAGGACUCCUCCAGCACAGAGGCAGGCAUCAGACCUGGUACCCCUCGAGCAGAAACGCCCAACAAACUGGCCCCCUCCAGGACGGGGACUCCGUACAAGGGGCAGGGAAGCAGCAGCACCCUGAAAGCCCUCUCAGACAAACUCAUGAAGAGUAUAGAGACAGAUGCAGUCACCAUCUUUACCAGGUACAUCUCUCCAGAUGCUGUGCGGCCAAUCCCUAUCACAGAGCAAAUCAGAAACGACAUUGUUGCAAAGAUCUGUGGAGAGGACGGCAUGGUGGACCCAAACUGCUUUGUCAUUGCACAGUCAGUGGUGUACAGCAUCUUAGAGCAACAGCACUUUACUGAAUUCCUGCGGAGCCAUCAUUUCUGUAAAUACCAGAUUGAAGUGUUGACGAGUGGCUCCGUGUUCCUGGCUGACAUCUUGUUCUGUGAGUCAGCGCUCUUCUAUUUCUCUGAGUUCAUGGAAAAGGAGGAGGCCAUGAAUGUACUGCAGUUCUGGCUGGCCGCAGACAACUUCCAGAAUCAGCUAGCAGCUAAAAAAGGCCAGUAUGACGGUCAGGAGGCUCAGAAUGAUGCCAUGAUCCUCUACGACAAGUAUUUCUCACUCCAGGCCACAAACCCUCUGGGUUUUGGCGACUCUGUGCGGAUGGAGAUAGAGUCAAAUAUCUGCCGAGAGGGGGGGCCGCUCCCCGACUGUUUCACCACUCCACUCAGACAGGCCUGGACCACCAUGGAGAAGGUCUACAUGCCCGGCUUCCUGUCUAGCAACCUUUACUACAAGUACCUGAGUGACCUCAUCAACUCUGUGCGGGCAGACGAGUUUGUGAAUGUCAGCGCUGCGGGUCAUGGCGCACAGGCAGACAACGACCGGUCAAGUUCGAAUGCCAGCGAGAGCUCUCAGACUCAGCAGGGGGCCAAAAAGGCAGUGAUCAAGAUCCUGAAAAACUUUGAUGAGGCAAUCACAGUGGACGUCGCCAACCUGGACCCGGAGUCUUUGUACCAGCGGCCAUACGCAGGAAGGAUGACGUUCGGGAAGGUGAACGAGAUGGGUCAGUUCAUCAGGGAGGCUGAGCCGGAGCCGGACGUCAAGAAAUCCAAAGGUUCCAUGUUUUCUCAAGCCAUGAAGAAAUGGGUCCAAGGAAACUCAGACGAGGCUCAGGAGGAGAUGGCGUGGCAGAUCGCAAAGAUGAUCGUCAACGACGUCGUCCAGCAGUCCAACCACGACAGCCCCGCCAAGUCAACCAAGCUAUGACCCAUCAGAGGAACGAAAGGAUUGUCACUCCCUGCAGACGCCGGCCGAGCCAGCGACAAACUGUUCACAGGGUUCACCCUGCAAUGAAUUGCAGAACAAGGCAACGAACAAGGAUUUUUAUCACCCCCCCCCCCCCCAUCUACCAUGUGUGUAAGUGUGUGUAUGUGUGCGUGCAUGUACGGUGUGUAUGUGAGAUAGAUGAAUAAUUGUCCACGCAUGGGGAACAGGGAAAGUUGAAGUACACCAUUCUUCCAAUCCUCCACCUCCAUAACACUAUAAAGGUACAGGUGCUUUGCUUUAUUUUGUCUUUGCAAUGAUAAAGCAGAGCUGGCUGCUUGAAUCAGUCUGGAGGAAGACACUCCUGAUGAAGGACACACUCAACUCCAUGUUACAGGACGCAGCACGCUGGUCAGGACCAUCACUGCAUCGCUUCAGCCAUCCUGUCUGAAAUGUGUGAUUCUUAUGUUGGACCUUUUGGAGGGUGUGACAAAUGCUGAAUUAUCCAGACUCUGUCACGGCACACCUCCCCACACCUUUUAAAACCAUUCCUUGUUUUAGAUAAGGUCCUCUCCAAGAUAAGGUCAGCCGCUUUAGGCCUCGCAGAUGUACAGUUUUUGCAAGCACUCCCUCAGCCUGCCUGGAGUAGUUCAGUCUCCCGUUCGCUGAUUUGUGUUCUCCUACCUUGAACAUUAUACGUACUGUAGACGACUGGAAAAGUGACAGUUACACUGAACAAGAGUUGCUUCAGAUCUUUGACUCGCUGACCUCGUCUAUGACCUCCUGGCACCUUAACAGUGCGUAGAAGAAGAAAUACACCCCUAAUGAACUUAAGUGCUCAAGUUGUGUUGGAAAACUCCAGACUCCAUGUGGUAAAUGUUCUAUACAGUAUAUAAAUAUAUAUAUAUGUAGAUUUCUGGUUUACCUUAUAUAUUAAUGUUAGUCCUUUUUUUAUGGUGAUCGCAGUUUUUUUUUAGCAUCACUGAAACAAACGUCAGUGGUGAGCUGACUGUUAAACUGGAAGUGUGCUCAGUGAAAUAAAUCUUUUUUUAAAUUUGUUUGAGCCUUACCAAGAUGUAGAAACAAAACCAGAAAAGACUCUUGGUACUAUGUACCACUAAUGUUUUCUGACAUGUAUGUGUACUUAAUCUAUAAUAUAUUUAAAAUGUGUUUGAUUUAAAUACAUAUAUUAUAAAAUGUU